AGCUGUGUUGCUGGUCGGACUCGGACCUUAUAUUGUGCAGAUUUGUUCAGAUCUGGAGCGGUGCGAAUUGAUUGAUCCCCCAAGGUCUGAGCAACUCCCAAGAAUUUUACGAGUGUCACAGCCAGUAUCAAGCGCAGACGUCCAUUGCCGAUGUCAGUCCUGCGGAACCCCUCCAGGCUUCGUUGGCGAGGUGACAGGUCCACCGUCGCCGGCAGAGUAGAGGUCAGCUCGUCACAAAUGGUGGCCGGCUGGUGCCACCGCAGGGAGCACAACGAAACUCCCCUCCGGAAGACGAGAUACCUACCCGACUCUUCCGCCGCCCGUGGUCAGAGAGCUCGACUGCAUUGCCGCAUUGGUGAUCUCCAUGUCCUGCGAACCCAUCAGGCAUCAGCCAUCUCGCCAGUGGAGGUCAAGUGAGGCCACAAUUUACAGUGAUGGUCGGCCCGGACGUCGCCGCCGCAGAUGGCAUGCCAUACCUUCUCGCCGGACGAGGGGCUCCCCGCCGGCAACCUCGAGCUUCCGCCGCCGCUGGCGAUCGGCCGCCUCCAGAAUCAGGGCCGUUGCUUGUUAAGGGUACAGAAGUAAAGGGGUAUCACGUAAAAUUCCCUCGGCGACUUCUUUUGACUUCUCAGAUCUUGGCCGCAGGAGCUUGAUCGGACGGUCAAGACGGGCCCAAGUUUGGAUCGCGAUUAUUAAUCGCGAUCCAAAUCGGGGAAGGGGGUGAAAAUAAUGGAAAACGUGUUUGAAGCCCCUUUUCAUAAAAUCUUUCGGCUGCCUCGGUACUAGCUGCGUAUGCGGACCGUAUAAUCGCGAUCCAACCCAGAAUUGGAUCGCGAUCCAAAUCAGGGAUGUAAAUGAAGAGAAAUUUACCAUGUAGGGGUCAUUAUGAAAGAAUGUCCUGGAGUCAACUCUGGCCAGCGACGGUUGACCCGACCGACGGCCGUGACCCUUCAGCAUGGCCGCCGCCGCGCGGCCUUCCGGUACGCUGCCGGUGAACGUGGGAGAAGGAAGACCUAGGUUCCUGGGCGCGUCUGGGCGGAGGCGGCGCAGUGGCAUCUGGGCGUCCGGCUUCCUGACGGAUUUGUAGGGCUGAAGAGCAGGCGCACGCGCAAUCCGGGACAUCGACGGCGCCAUUCAUGGAGGAGGCAAUGGGGAAGGUCAAAUAUGUGUUCUGGGAGAUGCAUUUGCAGGCCUGUAACAGCUCGUCUUCGGCGCCGUCGACAACUGUUAGCCACCGAUCGAGAUGAAGACGCGAGUGGAGCGGGAGAAGCUCUACGACCACCUCGGCUCAGAGCUGAAGGUCAACCCGGACCUAGAAGGGAAGGCGUCAAGGCGAGAAGAUAAUCAGAGGUGAAGAGCCUUCCAGGCUUCUAGCUCCUGCUCAAUUCAUGCCAUGGUUCUGAUUUCUGAUCUGACGCAACAUGCCCUCUACCAAAACGCCAUAUGGAAGCAGUUUGAGAUGGAUGACCUGCAGGCAAAGGCCAAAACUGAAGAAAACGAUUUUGUGCCAUAUGGAGGCCAAGGAGAAAGGAACAUCGCACCGAAUGAAUCAUCGACUCUGACAAUAUGUCCAUCCGGUCGCAUAUGCCUGUCCCUUUCACCAACACAUCUCUUACAUUUGUUCACAUCGUGUGGAGCUCCAAGGAUGGUUUCAGCAUUGCCGGCACGAUUUUGGUACUUAGAGUAUUCCGGCAGCCUCAUUCCAAGAUGGUGAUAUAUGCUCCUACUCUCCCAGCGUCCCAAAGCCUUUGGGGAUUGCUGUUCAGGCAUUGUGAUUAACGACCUGUGACCCUGAAGAUGGAUCGCGUGAAGAGGUUCACUGGCAUGGCAAAGGGCGCGUCUGCAAUCCCAGUUCGGAGAGAUGAAGAUGAGAGCUUGGUUCUGUUUGGGGACCUGUACAAGCAUGAGAAAGAGACGGAUAUGAACCUCCUUGAACCAAUGUUCUCAGUGGAGUUUGAAGCUGUACAAGGAGAUAGUCGCAUGUUUAAGCUUCCUUCAGGAAAGAGGGAUUACCUCCUGCCAGAUAGUGAAAAGCAUGAUUACGAUUGGCUCAAGACUCCUCCAGCAACACCACUAUUUCCCUCCCUUGAGAUGGAAGCCAACUCCUCCCAGAUGGUUUUUCAGAAGGAACUGCCUACGCUACAGCCAGUCAGAACUUCAAGGUUCUCAAGCAAGCCUGACGCUACAAGUGCAUCAACAACGUCUGGAUCGCCUACCUCCAGCUCCACUAAGUCUGUAACUCCAACAGCAAGGCCCAGCUCUUCAUCAUCAAAGAAAAGCCUCAACAGGGGAGCUGCUGCUCCAUCUAAAGAGCAGGAUUCAGCUUACAGAAUAGAUAAGAGGUCCAGCUAUACACCUCUGACGAAUAGGCAGCACAAUUCAAUUCCUUCAGCUCCAACAACUACCACUACAGCCACCAAGGCAUCCAAGAAAGCUUCAGGCAACAAACCUCAACCAUCAAAUGCAGUCAAGAAUGUGGCCAGACCGGACAAGGCAUCGAAGGACGUUACAGCACCCGCUACGAAAUCUCGCUCGAACAAUUCUUCAGUUGGUGCAAAGGAUAAGAAGGUUAAUGAUGGCACCACCAGGAGACUAUCAUGCCCACCCGCUGCAACGACGGACAAUGUGCAGGCUACAGCAGCACCAAAAGGGAGGAGCAGAGCUGCCACCGGUGCUGUGCCUGCUACACGUAAGGAUGCCGGUGCCACUGAUGCGGUACUGAAGGGAAGGAGGAGAGCAGGAGAGAAGGAGCAGAGGCCAAAGCUUGGAAGCCUUGCAAAGAAGUGAGGACAGUUGUGUCAGAUGAUAAAAGUAGAUUGGUCAUUCUUGUUUCAGGAGGGGAUGGAGAGAGAGUAACAUCCAUUUCCACCCAAUAUAUGCAAAUACACUUAUUGGAAUGAACUUGCAGUUAUUUAUACAUUAUUUAGUUCCUUAUGAAAAUACAUGUAACUCAAAGUUCUUCAUUUUUCUUGUUCUUGUGAUAGUGAUAUAGACGCCACCGUUAGUUAAAUCCCUGCGGUUUCAAAAAACUUUCACCAUGUGUUAAAUGCAUAUAUAAUCACACAGAAUAUUUUGGACCCAAGAUGUUAAUUUGACCGCGCAUUAGUAAAUACAACUCCUAAUCUGCAAGGAGUUGAGAAAUUAGAAGCAUUCGAUUAGAGUCCACGGAAUAGACCCACUUUUACUGAAAAAGAAGAUAGCAACUUGGGCACCACUCUCCUCUUUACCAUACGCAAAUUCUUCCAGUUGUCAACUCAUGGUUUCGUCCGCAUCUUCGUCAGGACUUCACUUUUCCAUAGAAGUUUCUGGACUUCAGCCUUGUCAGUAUCUCAUGUAACAGAAGCACGAAGAUUGACUGCUAAUACCUGGUAGAGUAGAACACCGGAGACAGUUACACGAGUCAGCAGCGUUGAACUGAACCAUGGAACUGACCGAGCCGGCGACACGUGAAUCCAAUGCCCUGCACAAAAUGGUUCUCCCUCUCUGUUCCUCGUGACCAUCAAGCUGGCGCCUGUCGUUUUGCAGUGCGCGGAAUCGUCUGCCGACGUCCAACUGAAUGAUUGCUGGGCUGAAGCGAUCAGGUCCAAUCGCCAAUUCGACAAGUCAUCCUGUGCGUGCGCAGUGUUCAGUCGCUCUACGUAACUACGGCGGAUCAAACAGGUAGGUGAGCUUCAGGCAUCUGGACUUGCGAUUAACCGGCUGGAAACGCAAGAACAGGCUUCAGAGGUGAAGAUGCUGGAGAGUUGAUAA